AUGUCUGAAUAUGGCGAUGACGUAGAGGCAGAUAUGGGAGAAAAUCCUUUUGUAGACAUCGAGGAGUACAUUGAGGAUACAAAUGCUAUUGUACCUCCAGCUGUUGGCGCUGCAACAUUCAAAGUGGAACACGGUUUAAUCCUUAUGCUCAAAGCAGAAGGGUUCUUCAGAAAUUCCACCGAUGAUGAUCCAACACAACACCUUAGAAACUUCUUGGGUGUGUGUGCAAUGUACAAGCAAAAUAAUGUCUCUGAUGAUUCCUUGAGGUUGAGAUGCUUCAAGUAUUCUCUAGCUGGGAAAUGGCUCCAGAAUCUGCCACCGAACUCUAUCCAUUCUUGGCCCGAACUUGUCCGGGCGUUCUUGUCUAAGUGGUUCUGCAAAGUAGAACAGUUGUGUGAGGCAUGGGAUCGAUUCAAAUUAUAUUUGGUGAGGUCUCCAAACUAUGGUUUUCCAGAUUCUAUGCUAUUGGAAAAAUUCUAUAUGGGUUUGGAUCCUAUGAACCAAGCUAUAGCCAAGAAUGCAGCUGACGGAUCUUUCAUGGAUAAAUCAUUCGCAAGGGUGACACAAAUCCUCGACAAAAUGGCAAAGCAUAACCAAGCAUGGCACUCCGAGGACACAACAGGUGGAAUUAAAUAUGGUUCCCCUUCCUUGAGCAACAUUAUCAAGGAAAAUCAAGAGGGAGAUCAGGUGAUUGCAGGGCUCGCUACAAAUGUCAAUGUGUUGACAAAGAUGUUCACCGAGAGCCAAACGAAGAAAGUGAAUGCGGUGGAAGAUGUGCAACCCUUAUCAAAUGAGGAUUUUGAGGAAGUAAAUUAUGUCAACAACCCUCAAGGAAGGUAUCAAAGGCAACCAUACCAUGGUCAAUGGCAACAAAACCAAUGGAGGCAUACCCCACGAGGGCAAAGCAACCAACAAUGGAGACAUGACCAAGGUAGCUCGCAUCAAGGAAAUUGGAACAACAACAACAACUUUGCAAACCGUAGCUCCAACCCCUAUGUUCCCCCAAAGGUUCAAUACACAAAUCAAGGGUCCUCAAGUGAUUCUAAGUUAGAAAGCAUGCUUGAAAGAGUAUUGCAAAACCAAGAAAAGUCUGACACGUCCAUGAGGAACAUGACCGAGAUUGUUGGCUCUCAUACCGCAUCCAUUCAAAAACUGGAGAUGCAAAUGAGAGACUUUUCUAGGGAGCAAAACCCAAAGCAAAAAGGGCAACUUCCAAGUGACACUAUUUCGAACCCAAAGGGUGGUGGAAAUGGUCCAACUUCUCACGUCAUGGCAAUAACUACUCGAAGUGGGAAGGUGCUACAAGGAGAAAUUGAGCAAGCGGUUUUAGGGGAAGAGGCCGAACAAGAAGUUGAAGUGGAAGAGCAAAGGGUUGUUGAAGUUGGAAGGGUUCCGGAAGAAGAGAAGGCGCAAGAAGGAACCGAGAAGGGACCUCCUCCUUUUCCUCAAAGACUUGCGCGAAGGGUUGAUGAUAGCAAGCUUGAGAAGUUCUAUGACAUUCUAAAGCAAUUAUCGGUGAACAUUCCAUUCUUGGAAGCUUUUCAAGAAAUGCCAGGGUUUGACAAAUAUCUGAAGGAUUUGAUCACCAAAAAGAGUACCACAAAGAAUGAUGAGUAA